UCUCACCCCGCGGUUCCGUCUGCAAAAUUAGAACCACUUCCCAGGCGGCACGCGAAGGGCGGGUUCCCGUCCUCGAGUUCUCCGGCUCACUUGCCCCGGCUCCUCUGCUUCUCUGAGGAGGUUGAUCACGAAGUUGUCAUUGCUGCCGACGAUGGGGUGUUGUGACCUCGGUAACCUUCUUCGCAGAGUUGAACUGACAACUAGUCUGCAGAUUCCGGACAAUGGUGGAUCGGAGAUCGAAAGUAUUGACUCGUCCAACACCAGCGUUUCCAGUUCAAUUCUAGACUACCGUUUCGAAAACGGCCGGACAUAUCAUCGGUACAAAGAUGGAAAAUACAACAUCCCUGAUGAUGAGAGGGAAAUGGAUAGACUAGACUUGCAACACCACAUCUGCCUCAUGACGCUCGGUGGCAGACUCGGCCUGACUCCCCCUUGCCAAGCGGGCGCCGACGUAGGCAGAGUACUCUGCUUCGACAGCUUGACGGGAUCGUCUUGAAAAUUGUUUCAACAUCGUGUGGUGAGAGAAGCACUUCAGGCUGAGUGUACACGAUUACAGGGUGGUGGGAAAAGCAUCCUUGGAUCUUUGAACUCAACGAGGGAGAGACAUAAAUUGAAGUUGCUGAAUCCGGUUUUAGAGGCAUUGGUGGUGUUUUACUUCAUCAACCGAAGGAAGGAAUAGAAGCUCAACCAGGCAGUACUGAAUCAAUGCAAGCGGAGGUCUUUGUCAACACAGUUGUACACGUAUGCAAAACUUGAGGCCAGAGUGCAAC